CUAUUCUUGGAACGAAGCUUUAUAGACGAUAUAUUUUGUCUAGAAUGGCUUGGUUAGGGACGGUUGACUAGGUUAGUUUUAGUGUGUGUGUUGACAAACUCGGUUUUUCUUUUAGAUAUCUAAUGGAUUUCGACGAUGAGGAGUACCGGGUGGAAAACCCAGAUGCUGUGGAGGAGGUGGAGAACAAUGUAGUUGAUGACGUUGAUGACGAUGACGACAAUCAGGCUGAGGAGGAGGCACUGAAUACACCGCCCAAGAAGAAACGCAAGAGCAAUCCAUCAACAUCAGGUGGGAAGAAAGCAUUCCAAACCUCGUGGAUGCUAUUGGACAUUUUCAAAGGUUGGUUACGACCAUGUCCAAAUGAUCCUUAUACCGCUAUUUGCACUGCCUGUGAUGAUAAAAAACUUAAGAGUGGAAAAAGUGAACUAGAGAGACAUGCGGCGACUGGCUUCCAUCUGAAAAAAGUAAAUGCACUGAAAGGACAAAAAACACUGGAUGCCUUUAGCACUGCCGCCAACUCUGCCAGGCAAAAGCACGUAGAUGCUGUGAAGAGUGCUGAGAUAAAAUUGGCUUCUUUCUUCGUCGACCAUAACGUCGCAUUCCUUGCCUCUGACCACCUAGCUGAAGUUCAAAAGCAAGCUUUUCCUGACUCCAAGAUAGCCAAAGAUAUGACUCUGGGCCGCGACAAGUGCAAUGCAAUUGUACGAAAUGUGAUAGCUGACGUUGAAACUGAGGAAAUAGUAAAAGAUCUCCAAACUAAUCUUUUCUCUGUAAUGGUUGACGAAAGCACGGACUCUGGAAGCGACAAAAACUUGUGUGUCGUAGUCAAUUACAUUUAUCCCAAAAGCAAGAAGCCCCGAGCGUGUCUCCUGGAGCUGGUGCGCUUGGAUGCGAAAGACUGUUCUGCAGCCAAACUCUGGGAAGCGUUUGAGCAGUCUUUGCAGAGACUGUCAGUUCCUGUUACCAAUGUGGUUGCGCUAGCCUGUGACAGCUGCAACACAAUGGUUGGCCAGUACAACUCUUUUUGGUCUAGGCUCAAGGCUGCAUGUCCAUGGGCCCUCCUCUUGCCAUGCGCCUGCCACUCGGUGGCCAAAGUGUCUGAAAAAGCAUGUUCAGAACUUCCGGACUUCGUUCAGGACCACUUGCGCAAGGUUGCUACUUACCUGACUGGAAGCCCUAAAAGGAGCAAAGAGUUAAUGGAAUUUCAAGAGUAUUAUCAAGAGGAGCUCAAGAAGAUUAUCAAGCCGUCCGGAACCCGCUGGCUUGUGCUUCAUCAGUGUGUGGCCCAAUAUUUGAAAAUCCGGAAAUCUCUUUUGGCCUUUUUUGAACUCAGGGUUUUUGAGGAUGCAAGAGACAAAACGGCGCAGCGCAUAUUACAGGACCUAAAGAAUCCAUACACACAUGCUUACAUGGAGUUUCUCAAUUAUGCCUUGGAUUUCACCAACGAGUUCAAUGCUUUGUUUCAAUCAAAUAAAGUAAUGAUCCACAAGCUGGCUGAAAAUUCUCAGACAUUGAUGGAAAAUUUGUGUCAGAACUUCAUCAAGUCCACCGAAAUGGACCGCAUUGCCACUAUGGACCUUGCUCACCCAGAUAACCAGCUGCCGUUGGAAAAAUUAUACUUAGGGCCGGGCUGCAAGGAGGUGCUUGACAAUUUGCCACCGUACCCACCAGGCAGGGCGCCGGCGGCAGCGCUGGCCCUCCAGCUGGAGAAGGAUAAGGAAACCUUUAAAGCCAAGUGCCGGGACUUCUAUGUGAGAGCCGCGAAGGAGCUGCGUGAGCGGCUCCCAUUAAACGACCCGAUUUUCAAGGAAAUGGCUUUCAUAGACCCUGAAAAGCUUCUCUCCCAUGAUGUUCGGAGUGGCUCUGACGGUCUGUCAGACCUGCCCCUAUUGUGCUCAAAAUUCAAGGAAAAGUUGCAACUGGAUUCCAAUGCCCUUGCAACUGAAUGGAGAAAAUUUCCAAAUAUCAUCAAGGGAGCUGCCAGGGAAAAAUUGCUUAAAAUGACUGUUGAAGAGGCGUGGGUGGAAAUUGGCUCUAUGAAAAAUGGCAAAAAUGAUCCAAUGUUUCCAGAGUUGACAAAGUUAGCCAAUCUUGUCAUGAUUCUGCCUCACGCUAACGCGGAAUCAGAACGGGUGUUCUCAGUCGUGACUGACGUCCGAACCAAGAAAAGGAAUAGACUUGGUAUAGAGUCCUUAAACGCCAUUUGUGUGUCGCGAGUGUCGUUCCGAUCAAAAGGAAUUGACUGUACCUCUUUUAAGGUCACGAAUGACCAUCUCCGCCGGCACAACACUACAAUGUAUGCAAGAAAGUAG